UAAAGUUACUGCCCUUUGAAGCGAAAUUUCCAAAAAUUUUCGAGAUUUGGUUUCGUUUUGAAAUUAAUAUAUAUUUUUAAUAAACACUUCUACAGCCAUCGUUUAAUGGUCGUAAAGUAAACUAUUUAGCUGCGAUAAGGCGAGGUUGAGACGCAGUCACCAUGGAGGUGAGUGAGAGCAAAGCUGAAGUGUGUUACAAGUGUCACAAGCAGGGCCACUAUGCGAGAGAGUGCCGGUCAUUUGGAGGGGGAAGGUCAUCUGGUGCAUCUAAUGUACGAUGCUACAAGUGCAACAAGGCUGGUCACUUUGCCAGGGACUGUAAGAUGGAGGGGGAGAGAUGUUACAACUGUAACAAGAUAGGACACAUUGCCAAGGACUGUGAUAGGGAGAUAGAUGAAGCUGGCAUAUGCUACAUUUGUGAGAAGCCAGGCCACAUUCAGAAGAACUGUCCUGAUGGUGACCAAGACUCCAAGACUUGCUACAGGUGUAAUGGGAAGGGCCACUUGGCUCGUGACUGCACCCAGGAAGUGGUAGAUGAUCGUGAAUGCUACAAGUGCGGAAAGGUCGGCCACCUAUCUCGGGAAUGCAGCGAUAACCGGUCUUCUGAGUGCUAUAAGUGUGGUGGAUCGGGCCACCUUGCGCGGGACUGCACGGAACAGGAGGACAUGCGGGACACCCGUAGCUGCUACAACUGUGGGGAGGAAGGUCACAUCUCCCGAGACUGUCCCAACAAGCGCAGGGCCACCAACCGCAGUGAGCGCAACCAGGACUGCUACAAGUGCGGGCAGUCAGACCACCUGGCCCGUGACUGCCCAACAAGUCGACGUGAUGUGGAGUGUUACAACUGCGGGAAGACGGGCCACUUUGCCCGCGACUGUCCUGAGAGUCAGAAAGACACGUCAGAUGUAAAGUGUUACAACUGUAACAAGCUCGGUCACUUUGCCCGCGACUGCAAGGAGUAUGAGGAGGAGGAAGAUUAGGGCCUGUGUCCAGAGGCCGUGCUAACUUUAAGAACAUUUUUCCUGGAACACAAGACACAUUUUUUUUAUUUUUUUUGCCAAAUAUUUGAACUUGUGCCUUUAAUUCAUCAGUAUACUAGUACAUUUUUGUGCAGGGGACGUAUUCACAAAACAAUUGCUUUAAUAUUGAAUCAAAUUUGGCAUGAAAUGCCUCUAUCUACAGCAUUCUUUAUGUAGAACAUUUUGUUAAGGACUGGUUUCCAUUUUGUGAAAGACUUUUAAUGGAAGGAAAAAAACGUUUUAAUGCUUGUGUAAGAAGGGUUUAGAAUGCAAAAUCAAAUUUUAGAAAAAGGCUAAAUAUUUGUAUCCAACAUUCUAAUUCUAAUAUGCAUUUCUUAAAAUAAAGUAGCUGAUAUUCUGAAUUAAAUCAGAAUUUGGUACUAUUAACUAAAACAAAAGUUUUGUGCAGACAACUGUGUUGUAUAAGUCAAUGAUUUCAUAAUUUACUGUAUACCACAGUUCAACACUGACUUAUCAUUUGUAUGUAACAGAGAAUUUGGUAAAGUGAAAAUAGUAAAUCUUCAUCUUUUGCGCUAUGGAUAUUUAAUUGUGUUGUUAUGCACUACGCAACUUUUAUUCAUUAGUUGAGAUCAUUUAGAUUUUUAAGCUACAAAGUAUUUACUUGACUUACCUUGCUGUCGCAUGUGUUUUAAAAUAAUUCACAUGCUUUUUUGCAGAACAAAUGAUUUAAACAAAGUACAUAUGAAGUAACAUUCAAAAUCAGAACUUACUUUGUUAAAUAAUACAUGUUUAUGAAUGAUAAUAUAACAAAAUGUCCCCCAUAAAGGGCAAAUGUCAAUGUCUGGUUUUGUUUUGAAAAAAUUUGGCAUAUUUGUAUCAGUUAGAAACUAUGUAAACCAGAAAAAACUAUUAUUUUAAAUAUGAGCCUUGUUCUGAGAAAACUGGGCUUAAUGCAUGUGCGUAAAGUGUUGUCCCAAAUUAGCCUGUGCAGUAUGCACAGGCUAAUUAGGGAAGACACUUUCCGCUUUUAUGACAUUUUUCGUUUAAAUGAAGUCUCUUUUUAGCAAAAAUCCAAUUUAAGGGGAAAGUGUUGUCCCUGAUUAGCCUGUGUGGACUGCAGAGGCUAAUCUGGGACGACAUGUUGCUCACAUGCAUUAUGCCCAGUUUUCUCAGAACACGACUCAUAUGCUUAAUGGAAAUAUAAUUAGUGUUUUGUAAUAAUGAUCGCUGUAUUACUUUUCUUUAAAGAUUUAUAGGAGAUUCUUUCAAUAUGGAUUUUGUGUGGACUAUUAAAGAGAAUGAAUAUUUUAAUGAGAUGUUUACAAGUUUGGAUAUUUGGAUGUAGGGUCUUACAAAAUGAAUAAUCAACUAUUAUUUCAGAAUUUGUUUGCAUCUAUACGGGAAUAAAAACAAGUUGUUUUUCCAACUUAACAAACUUUUUUGCAGGAUUAUUGGACACAUUGUUUAAAUAUUCAUUUUGUCAAAUAUGUGAAUGGAUGCCUUUAAGUUAUAAGUUUGUAAUAACCAAAAUAAUUUGUUAACAGAUUAUAUAACAAUUAAGUUUGAUUGAAAAAAGCAGUGAUGUAAUAAACUUAUUUCAUCAUUCAAUCUUAAACAUCAGGAUACAUACAUUGACACUUAUUGUUUGUGUCUUGUUCUGUGAAAAUUUGGCAAAAUGCAUGUGCGUAAAGUGUUGUCCCAUAUUAGCCUGUGCAGUCCGCACAGGCUAAUCAGGGACAACGCUUUCUGCUUUAAUGGUACUUUUUGUUAAAAGGAAUUCCCUUUUUACCGAAAAUCUCUUUUAAGCUGAAAGUGUUGUCCCUGUUAAGCCUGUGCGGACUGCACAGGCUAGUCUUGGACGACACUUUACGCACAGGCAUUAUGCCCAGUUUUCUCAGAAAGCCACACAUUUGUUUAAAGGAAUGAGAUCAUGUCAAAUACUUGCACUGUUUGCAAUCUGUGAAUGUCCAUAAAAUGUUCGAAUUUAUAAUGUAGCCCCUGCAAUGAGGACUUGUUUCCAGUGAAAUAUUGUGUUUAUACAUUAUGUGUGUUAGUGAAUUUGUAUUCUUAUCAUAGUUUUUGAUGGAGAUGGGUUUUGAUUUUCUGUACUUUUAAUCUCUCCUGAGCCCAACAAGCUCAUGGAUGUGUUUGUGUGUGUGGCUGUUGUCUUUCAAGUUUAACCCAUUUAUGCCAAGCAUCUAGAAAAAAGUCCUUGGCAAACAGCGUAGACCCAGAUGAGACGCUGCAUGAUGCGGCGUCUCACCAGGUUCUGCGCUGUUUGCUUAAAGGAAUAUCUGUAAGAAAUAUUCUAAAUAUAGAAAUAAAUGUACUAGACAUCCCUAAUUUUGGAAAUAAACUGAUCCAAUUUAGAAGGAUGGGAGAGUCAACUAGGCAUAAAUGGGUUAAACUGGGUCAUGUUGGGAAACGAUGAGGUCACCUUGCUACAUGUAACAAAAAGUAUGUGAACUUUAUAUGACAUAAUUCUGAGGCCAUAUUUCCAGGCCAAUCAUUGCCAAACAUUUUUCUAUUGAUAACUGGGACAGAUACAAUAUUCAGUCAUAUGGAAUCUAAAAUAGAUCACCAGAGCUAGUUGAAGAAAAGCAAUGUGAAUUUUACUGAGAUUUUUAUUGUUAACUGAAUCGUCAAAAAUUGUUUUGAACAGUUUGAGUUCCUUUACCCCUCAAGUGUGCGUUGUCUGGUUGUGUAAUCAUUUUAGACUUAGAUGUUUUUGUGAGUGAAUAACAAAUUAAUUUCAAUAGUUGAAAUGUGAGUGUUUAAUAUUUUAUAUAAAUUAUAUUUGAAAUAAACAGAUGAAAUAGUUCUAGAACACGUUUUCACACACUUACACUUGAGUUAUUGAAAUUUGAAUUAAUUAAUUAGUAUACCAUUUUUACGUUGAAAUGGAUGAAUUAAGUCUUAACUUAUGUUUUACAUUAGUGACAUUAUUGGUUGAGCUGCAAUCUUGUAAAUAUAGCUCAUUUAAGGCAGCAUAGAAAGACAUUUUAAAUAGUUUAUGACCCUUGUGUGUGGUAUUGAUCUUCUGCAACAAUUACGAGUUGGUGAGUUGUUACAUUUUUCGAGUAUUACAGUGGUUAAACACUUACGUGUUGUGCAUAAACCUGUUGCUGUAAACUGCACACAAAUUGUAAGUGGCCAUAUUUAAACUCUAUAAUGAAAUGGUUGUUAUUGAUUGGCUUAAUAUUUUUUUAUGAUUGUACAUAACAUGUUUUUGAGUCAUUUUGGAUUACCAGGUACUGUUUUUCCAACGGCAAUGAUUUUUCUAGAAGAAGCUUGUACAAAUUUGUAUUGAUAUCAAAUUUUUGUGGCAAUCCAUGUUAAAUACCUGUAUUAAAUGUUAAAAUUUUGUCACUUUAUAAAUAAAAUGGAAAAACAAAAAAUCGGGACAGGUUUUGAAAUGCUACAAUGAACUUAAAUGGUUCAAAUUUAAUUUGUUAAAUUAAAAUCUGGUCAAGUUUUAGACUCAUCAUAGAUCAUGUCUCUAUGUUUGAUACGUAAACAUUAAACUUUAAUGGUAAAGUUUAACUUGUGCCAUCUUGCGAGUGCAGUUAUGUGUUAUGCAACAAAGCCAAGCAAUAGCAUUGGCAUACUUAGCUCAUAUAUAAGACUCUUUCUGGGGAUUCUGGGCUAAAUGCAUACCCUGAACGUGUUAUCCCAGAUUAGCCUGUGCAGUCUGCGUUGGUCGGUAUUUGUUAGCAUGUUACAUGUAGCUUACACAGAUUGAUUGGGCUGCGUUCUUGGAAAACUGGGCUUAAUUCAUUUUCAUAAAGUGGCUUCCCAGAUUAGAGGACGACACUUCCCUUUUUAAUGGAAUAUUUCGUUAAAAGGAAGUCUCAAGCAAAAAUCUUGUCUAGGCAGGAAGUGUCGACUCUGAUAAGCCUGUGUGGACUCAACAGGCUACUAUACGCACAUGCAUUUAGCACAGUUUUCCCAAAACGACGUUUAUUUUUAACGAUAUCAAUGAGAGGAGUGUGUGUUAAUACAAAAUAAACAGAAAUACUAUUAA